UUAACUGACAAGGCAUAUGACACCAGAGUACAGCAAUACAUACACACAUCUCUGCAGAGCACAGGCAGUUACAACCAAAAUCCAUUAAUCAGAAAAAUGAACCCCAGCCAGUCUUACAAUCAGCCUCCAGGGGCCUACAGUUCAUCUGAGAAAUCGGUGAUAUUGCAGCCAGCAGCAGCACCACCAGCAUACCAGAACAAUCCUGCUGGAUAUCCUCCUUCCUUUCCAUGCCAGCCGGCCCCUCAGGGCCCCUACGCUCAGGGGCCGUAUUCAGGACAAACUGUGGUUGCUGCACAGCCUGCAGUUUUUGUGACCGCUGCUCCACUGGCCAGUCCAGCACCAGAUUACAUGGGUUACUCCAUCUUUACCAUGCUGUGCUGCUGUUUUCCUCUGGGCAUUGCUGCGCUGAUUUUCUCCUGCUCUACUCGAGAUGCUAACUACUCAGGAAGGCGAGAAUUAGCAGAGAAGAACUCCAAAACGGCACGCACCCUGAAUCAUGUCGCUGUUGUUCUUGGCCUCAUUAUCAUUGUAUUGUAUAUUAUCUAUUACUUUGUGUUGAUUAACAAUAUGAAACAGCAUCCUUAACUGUUAGAGCUGUCAUGCAGAUUAUACAAACAAAUUUAAUUCUCUUCAUUUUAAAUUGUAUUUGCUUAAUGGGUCACAUUUAACACAGUUAAAACAUGCUGUAAAGGCUGAUUAUUGGAUGUUUAAAAUAAUAAAAGCUGACUAAAAAUUCUUUUAUGAACUAAAAAAAACAGCACUUUUUUGUUUUUGUUUAUUAUAGAAUUGCAGUAAUUUCGAACAGAGAUAUAUUCCUUGUGCAUGAGCUUCAUUUUAGCAAACUGUAAGACUAACCCAUAGACCCAAGUUGUUACCACAUGAAAUGGUGUGUCAAAGUUAACAACUACCUGCUACUUUACAAGAAAUUAAUUUCAUCAGAAAAGCACAACAACCAAAAUUACCACAAUGUCAGUUGACUUCAGCAGAAGUGAAAGUGUUUGUAUUGCUCAAUAAUAGGUCAAUAAUUGCUCGAUAAUCAUUUUCUCAAAGUAAGACUUAGGAAUAAUUUUUUAUCGGACCUUUAAUAUAUACUAGUGAAUUCUAUACAGUACAGAGUUGUCAUUGUUUUUUUGUAAGGACAUUUACAAAACAAGACCACCUUCGUGACCAUGCAUGGUGUCUCCCCUGCCAGGUAAGCAUUUUGAAAAAGUGACCUAUAUUGAGAAAUGUGUCCCAGAGAAUUUAAACAAAAAAUUUAAUUGAAGGGGAGAAAGAACCCACCAAAAACACCCAGGAAUCAUGAAAUCACCCCCAUCUAUGUCCUAAGAUUUUAUUUUCCUAAGUUCCUCAUGUUACAUGUGUAUAUAUAUAUAUAGCUACUGUGAGUAGUUUAAUUAAUUUUUUUAUUUACUUUAGUUUUUAUUGUCUUUUAUUACAGUUGAGAGAUAUGAUAUAAGAUAUAAAAAGGGAGAAGCUAAAGCCUGUAGUCUAUCUGUGGACAAAUAUGUAAAUAAAGACAAGUUCGUUCACGUAUCUUUUACAUAACUGCCAUGUUCAACUCAUGAAUGUGUUGGUCCAGUGUUUUGGUUUCCCAUAAAUAACUGUAAAGGUGUGGUGAUGGAGACCAUUUCAACAACUACAGACUUUGUGAAAGAUUAUGAGUUUAAGUUUUAAGAAAAAAGUUCCUAUUUUACCAUUUCAGUUUUUCUAUUUAAAAAAAUAAAAUAAAAAUAAUAAUAUAUAUAUAUAUAUAUAUAUAUAUACACACACACACACACACACACACACACAUACAUAUCAUACAUACAUACAGACACACACACAUACAUUUAAUUCAACAUGUUACUUUCAGCUUCUUUGUAGCAUAAUUGGGAAAAUUGUUUCUACACAGGGUUUAAAAAUGAAUAAGGUCUGGGGUGGGGUUAAGAAUUGUGCUAUAAUAACCCCUACAAAUACAGCUCAUAUACACUAACACUUUAAAAGAGACAGAGAUUUAGACGUUUGUGAAAUAUGUUUUAUCUGGUUUGGAGGGAUGAACAUUGUUAAAUUAUACCAUAUUAUUUGUAUCAAAAUUUGUUAGUACUUUACUAUAGGUUAUGGGUGGAUAAUUGUAUCAGUUGUUUAUUAUUCAUGCAACAAUACCUAUUACUAUUAAAGCUUUUAUUAAUAACCAUUGCUAUGCUACAGUUUUUGAUACUAUUGAUAAUGUUUCUGACAGAUAAUAUCAUGAUGUUUUUGCGUUUGCCUUACUGAAUACCAUAUCCUGUCAGCAAUUACCUGUCCGUGGGCUUUUUUGAUUACUGUCAGUUUAAGUGCCAGUGAUGCAGUGUUGCCAGGUAUUGCUAUGAAAACCAAUAAAAACAAAAUGAAAAAAUAAAUUGAAGGAGUGGAAUCCUGGAGCCAUCACGACCUUCAUAAAAUAUAUAUUUGUUUCUUCUUAAAUAAUUAAUCAAAGUUACAUUUAGGUAUGUUAGAAAAUAAGUUGAAUAUUAUUAUAUUCUGCCUUUUUACUCUCUAAGAAGCUGUUCUCAUUGUGUGUGUGUGUAGUGAACCAUAUUUGAUAAGAUUCAUGGCAGAGCCCGGCAACCUUGAAGUAUAGAUAAGUGUUCUCUGCGUAUGUGUGUGAGCGUCUGUUUUUGCAGCUAGAUGCAGAGAGAGCCGUAGGAGGAAACCAUCAUUUGCCUUCACCAUGAUGUCCAGGGUAUCCAAUAUGCGUCUCUGGAGAGACCCAUUGCUUCUGACCUCUGAUCACUUGUCACCAAAUUAAUCACUAGAAGAUGUGCUUUGAGUUUUACGUCCAUGUGUGGAGAUUUUCUAAGUUUAUCUACCAACCAGAAUCUUGCUUACCUACGUAUUGACAUAAUUAGUGACCUCUGUUAGAGUAUAAACUAUUGGUGUCUAAAACAUUUAUGUAGA